AGGGCCCCGCAAUUGCUAGGGCCGGCCCUGACUGUCACUGUGUUAGUGUGUAGUGUGUGCUUCUGUGUGUGACUGUCUGUAUUGAUUUCUUAAAAUUUGUAAACAAAGAUGGCGGAAAUUCUGACAAAUGCUGUGAGUGUGUCUGGUCCGUUGUUUUCGUGAUUCAAAAAAUGAAAUUUAGAGGAAAAAUUGUGGAUAUAGUUUGCAUACAACAGUUUACCAAUAUAGUUGGCACUAUAUCUAAACUUGUGAAAACAUGCAUCAUGCGGAUAACAGAGGACAAAGUGUUUUUCAUUUUGUCUGAAAGAAUCGGUGAUGGCGGUGCACAGAUGUGGUGUGAGUUGGAUCAGAGUCAUUUUUUUGAUGAGUAUGCCAUGGAUGGAGUGUCAGCAGAAGCCAAUGAAAUUUACUUGGAGGUGAUGCCAGAUCUGAUGCUUAAAGCUUUGAAAACUGCUCACUCGGCCAAAUGGAUUAAAUUAAAACUCACGAAAAAGAACACACCAUGUCUUACGAUGGAAAUUGAUUUGCCAACAGGUGGGCCCCACCAGAGGCAAGUGGUCCAUGAUAUUCCUGUCAAUGUGGUCCCAAGAAAACACUGGCCAGAUUACACAGAACCAGAGAUGCCAAAAUUUGAUGUCAGCAUUACUAUGCCGCAACUCAAACUGAUGAAAAAUGUCAUCGACAAGAUGAAAAAUCUAAGCAACUAUCUUUCUCUGUCUGCUAACAGAAGUGGAGAGAUGAAACUGUCAGUUGAAACAGACAUGGUGGCAGUUAGCACACACUUUCAGAACCUCUUGAACCCAACAUGGGGGAAUCAGGAUGGCUGUCAAAUAUUGCAGUCCUCACAAGGUCAAGAAGAAUUUGCUACAGCCAGAAUUGACAUCAGAAAAUUUGCCCAGUUUCUUAAUGGGCAACAGGUCAAUCCAAAGAGAGUCAUAUGCAAUAUUGUUCAUCAUAGGAUGGUCCACUUCUUUCUGAUGCAUGAAGAUUUAUCACUGCAAUAUUUCCUGCCAGUGAUCUCAAGGUGACAUAUAACCUCUGAACAUGGUUCAGAGUUCAAGUGUCAACAAGCUGUAUUCAUUGUGUAUAUAGAUUUCACUAUUUCAGUUCUUGAUUGAUUAAAACAAAUGGUAAACAACAUAGUC